AUGAAGAUCAAAAUGCUGCACUCAACACCAUACGCGCAAGCUAACGGACAGGCCGAGGCGACGAACAAAGCUAUUAAGCUCAUCGCAGUUUGGGCGAAUAGGACCAGCCAGAAGUCGGCCACAGGAACUUCGCCUUUUCGGAUGGUGUAUGGGUAUGAUGCAAUGUUUCCAAUGGAGCUUACUGUGAUGUCUACUCGCCGUUUAUACCAGAGUAAAUUAUCCAAGGACGAUUACUUUGACAAAAUGGUGAUAGACUCCUUGGAUCUCGAUGAGGAGAGAUUGGCAGCGUUAGAUCACCUUGAAGCCCAAAAAAGAAGGGUUGAAAGGGCAUAUAAUAAGCGGGUAAAACCGAAGUCAUUUGCCAUAGGCGAUAUGGUAUGGAAGGAGAUCCUACGUAUUGGCCAUAAAGAUACGCAACUUGGUAAAUGGAGUCCGAACUGGGAAGGUCCGUUCAUCGUAACUACCAAGUUGACAGGCGGUGCGUAUGUCCUGGCGAAUAUUGACGGAUAG